GUUCUGGCGGCGGGCUGAGAAGCAGAACUUCUUCGACUCCACUUGCUUCAAGUGAGCAACAUCCACGAGAAGAAAAGGUCACACCUUUCGACUACGGCCGACGACUUGGUUCAUUUCACUCUGUUUGUGCGCGUGUAUCAGGAGCCCUCCAUCACACCUGUUCCCAAGAGCAUUGACUGCGUUCGAACACCGUUAGGAUCUAUCAAAGGAGCACUCUCCAGUCACAGGGAUGGUUGCUGUACGCUUGCUGACAUGGACCGUUUGCGCGAUCGCCGUUGUGUACCUAUCCAGCCACGAUUCUGUCGUACAUUGUGCAUGGAAUAUGACUCAAGGAUAUCAUUUGCCAGCGUGGUUGGUGCUCCUCCCAGUGUCUCUGGCUGUUUCGUGGAUUGUCGCACAAAUCGCUUUGUAUUUCAUCGAAAUUCCCAGAGUGUCGCCACAGGGAAAAUGUAUUUUCAUCACGGGUUGCGACAGUGGUUUCGGUCAUCGAUUGGCGGAUCGGAUGGCUCUACAGGGUUAUAAAGUGUUCGCAGGCUGCCUCUUCCCAGACGGUGAAGGUGCACAACAGCUGCGCGAGUCUGGCUGCCCGGAUUCGGAGGGUGAAGGUGGGGUAACUAUUGUACCCUGCGACGUCACAAGCGACAAGAGUCUCGCCGAUGCGGUAGAUCUCGUCAAGAAGAAUAUGACCGAACAACAAGUGCUUUGGGCAGCCGUGGCGAACGCCGGUAUCGGAAGCUAUGGGUAUCUGGAAUGGACAACGCCUGAGAAAGUCAAGAAAUUGUUUGAAGUGAAUGUGUUCGGCGCCAUGAGAACAUUCACAGCGUUCGCUCCGUUACUCCGCAAAUCAAAAGGACGGUUCCUGAUAACCAACAGUUUCGCCUCCCGCUUCUCACCGCCGACGCUGAUCCCGUACUCAAUGUCGAAACACGCGGCAUUGGCUAUGUGCGACGGUCUCCGCGCAGAAAUGGCGCCUUUCGGGGUCCAUGUUGCAUCGAUUGAACCAAACAUGUACCGCACAUCGAUCGUUCCGCUUACGACGAAAGAACUCGAUAUCCAGUGGGAAUCUCUGACGGAAGAACAGCGCCAGAGCUAUGGACCUAAACUGUUGAAGAAGGCGCGCAUCAUGACUCAAGACUUCUCAUAUCUCUGCCAGAACAGCCUCAGACUCCCAAUAUGGUGUUUCGAACACGCGAUCACCGCGAAGUUUCCCAAAGACAAUUAUCAGGCCGACAGAACGGCCCUGCUGAUCCUAGACAAAAUUGUCCUCGGUCUGCCCGAUGAGUUCAAGGCCCUCUUCCACAAUUACAUACAUUGCCUCUUGAUCGCAGCACGCAAUCUUCUCCCUGGCAGAUACAUGCCCUGAGCUCGAGGCGUCUCGGAGGUCCUCCUGCGAUUCUCAACUCGCUACUUUUCCCCCUGCUGUGAGGAGAACACUGUUUGCGAAAGACGAACCAUUGUACAUAAUUUAUGAUGAAAUUUCCUGUCGCGUCGACGAGGCUAGUUUGUGUCCGAAUAAAAAUCGUGGAGAAUCU